GCAGUACGAUGAUAAUAUGUGGACGGCAGCAGACAAUUUGAAUGAGAUAAGAGCCGAACCAUAUUUAAAUUUGGCGCUAAUUAGUGACGUAAGACAUUGAUAAGUCCAAUGUUAUCCAAAGAAGCAUUCAGACUACAUGCCUUGAAUGAAACUUCAUGUUACAACUAAUACCUACCAAAAUGGAUAUUUGUGGUGUGAAAUAUGUGUUUUUUAUGUGCACUGUUACCGCAAUAUCAACGUUUCCAUCCAACCUGGACACGACCACGGAAUGGGAGGUGGCGACUACAAAUCCCCCCCCUUUUCACGUCACCCAAAUGAGCAUGGGCCUGGAUGAGAUCCCUGAGGGGCACCCGCAAACCAAGUCGGUUAACUUCGCGUACAACCAUCUGUCCUCUCUGGAGAACGCAACCUUUUCAAGUAAAUCCUAUAAAGCCUUGCACGUUAUAGAGCUGUAUCAGAACAGGAUUAAUCGUGUCGAGGUUUUGGCUUUCAAAGGGUUAAAAUCGCUGAAAACUGUGGAUUUGUCCGAGAAUAACAUAACCUCACUGGGCGCCUACACGUUCGAGUUCAACGGCAGGUUGGAAAAGCUGGAUUUAACCGGAAACCAAAUAAGUUUUAACCGCGACAUGCACUUCCUGGUUUCGCACAGUUUGCUCACCUUGGUUCUAUCCGACAACAAGCUGGAAAGCAUCUACGAAUUCUCGUUUGUAGGGGUGCCGAAGUUGAGGAACCUAAUGUUGGAUUACAACGCGUUGAACUUCAUCGAGGCCAAAAGUUUUAAACCGCUGGUGAACCUGCAGUUUCUUUCGCUAGCGCAUUCAGGGGUGCACGUGCUAAGUUUGAACAUGUUCGAUUCUGCUCCGCGGAUUCUGGACCUCACCAGCACAACUUUAGGUAAUACCUUUGACCCUCCAUUGAGAAAACUGAAAACGACGGCGGUCGAGAGGUUGCUCGCCAUAGAUAUGUAUCUAAAUUGAUUUUUUUAGGUUAAGUCAUCAAUUUUGCUUCAUAACCAUCACAAGUAUUACGAGUGGUUUAAUUUAUUUUUCACUGUUUUUGGCUAUGAUGUCCUUGUUUAAAGUCCAAGGGUAUGCUUUUUUAUUUGGUUCUAUAUUAAAAGACAAAUUUUUGAACUCAAAAUUGUAGAAAAUAUUAAGAUACGUAUAACAGAAACUUUUUCCUGAAUAUUUUUAUGUGGAUUAAGUAUGUAGUUUUUCCAACAAAAAAACAUCCACAUUUUAAGGACUGAAAGAAAAUAGGACUUUUAAUAUGGAACUAUUGACUACCACAAAUUUUAUUUUGUCAAUAUUUGACAUUUUUAUUUUAGACAGAAUAAUUAAUAAUAAUUAAGAAAACACUGUUUUUAUAACGGUAAUAUUUCCUAAAAAGCAUUUUUUCUUUGAUUGCUUUCUUAAAAUGAAUGAGUCAAAAAUGACUAAUUUAAUAGUUAUUAGUGGCUGCUUUUUCACUUGUACCAUGGUUAAUCAUGGAAUGGUAUUCCAAAACUUAACAGCCAAUUAUUCUGCAAAAUUAUCCCCGCAAUCCGAAAAUGUCGUCAAAAGUUAAAAAAAGAACAGUUUAUGAGAUAUAGUCAAUUUUCCUAUAAGAAAAAAAAAAUUGAACCUACACCUCGCCAAAGUUUUUUGUUUUGAGUGCGUUCCACCUACUUCAAAUACCGACAGACAGCUGUUUCGACCUAUAUUGGGAUGAGACCCAAUAUAGGUCGAAACAGCUGUCUGUCGGUUUUUGAAGUAGGUGGAACGCACUCAAAACAAAAAACUUUGGCGAGGUGUAGGUUCAAUUUUUUCUUAUGAAUAUUACCAGUAAUGGGUCAAAAAAGUUUCUUAAAGAAAAUAAGAAAAUUGAAUGUUUACCUUGAAUUACCUAUAUCUCAAAAAUUGCUCCACUUUCAUAAUUUUUGACGGAAUUUUCGGAUACAGGGGACAAUUUUGCACAAGAAUUCGCUGUUAAAUUUUGGGAUAACAUGGUAUUCCAUGGUUAACCAUAGUACAAGUGAAAUAGCAGCCACUAAUAACUAUUAAAUUAGUCAUUUUUGACUAAUUCAUUUUUUGAGAGUGUGAAAAUUCCAUUUUUUAAUUAUUCUGGGCUAAGAGGAGAUUAUUUUUUUGUUUCUGAUCUUUUAACAUUUUCUGCGUUAAAAAACAUGUUUAAAGGUUUUAAUAGACGUUUCUCCAAUUUAACCGAUCUUGUAGCUCUUAAAAUUAAAAACAACAAUAAUAGAAUUAUAAAAAAAUAAUUAAUCCCAAAUUAUAUCACAUAUAAUUGUCUUUCAGAUUUUUGUCGCAUAAUUUUAAUAGAAUUUUUAAAAUUAAUGUUUGGCGACUUAUGUUUAUAUACACUGUUUGCAUUAAUUUUAAAAGUUAAUACCCGUUUGUAAAUAUUACCCAAACUUAGUGCUAAUUUCAGUAUUUAUAUUGUUUUUCAUUGUCAUUGUACAUAUCACUUAGUAUUAUUGUUACAAAAUAUACAUAUUAAUUUAUUAAUGUAGUAUCAUCAUAAUUAAGUAAACAAAAUUUGUUACGAAACCCGUCGAUUUUCCAAUAGAACACCGCGAUUGGCUGAUUGUAUCGUGCGCAAAAAAAAUGCCGAUCACGCGCUAUUGUUGCAUGUCGUUUCCUCUAUUUGUACAGGAAUACGAAAUCAACUGUUGAUUCCGAUAAAUUGCCAACGGUUUCCUGUGUCGGGCUUUUGCAAAAUUACAUUUCUUACGUGUAACAGAAAAACUGAGAAAUCAUUAUCUGCAUCGCAUCUAGUAUGCUGUGGAGAAUAAUGUGCUCUGAUUGGUUAUUGCUUUCUAUAGAGAUCAUCAUCUAUAGAAAGUAGUCGCAAUUGCAAACCUUUUUAUAUCAAUGUAUGAAAACUUCUACAAUAUUUGUAAAUAUACUUUUAGUAAUAAAUAUAGUGUUAAUUUAAUCAUAGGUAUAGUAAUAUUAAACCAUAAUUUCAAAGGUGCUUUAGAGAACUUGUAUAAUUACUUUAUAAGUACUAUUACUGUAAAAAUUUUAGGUUGCCAGAUUGAACUAUUAGUUAAUAAGAUUUAUAAAUAAUUUAAGUCAAUUUUCAAAGUACCUACUUAAUUGUGUACAAAUUGAAAAUCAAAAAUCUGACAAUGCAAAAAAUAAAAUCCCAAAUCGUCUUUAAUUUUAAGUGCAAAACGCUGUUUUUACAUUUAGUUCAUGUGUACCUGAUAUUAUAAGUAAUUUUUUUAAUAAAUGGGAA